AUGCGGUGGCUGUACAAAGUAUUGACGCUGGCAAUAAUUUGCGCAGCUGUGGGGGAGGAGUGCCCCUCCACCUGCGUAUGCAACGCGACAGCCCUGUCGUGCUCAAACGAGACCGUCCCCGGCAACAACCUCACCAGAUCCAUCCUGGCGGGCCACGGCACCGAGCUCCAGAACAUCACCUGGACGGACUCGAACAUAGAGGCCAUUGACCAGGACCUGUUCCUGGGCCUGUACAACCUGUACUACAUCGAUCUGAGCAGAAACGAAAUCAGAAGGACAGAGCACGACCUGUUCGCAAGACUGAGCCGCCUGAACCACCUCAACUUGUCGCGGAACAAAAUCGACGACCUGCCACGCUACACGUUCGCCAAUCUGGACAAUCUGGAGGUCCUCGAUGUCUCGCACAAUCAGCUCCACGUGAUACCAUUCCAGGUCUUCGGGCCGCUGACUAGGUUAAAGAUUUUGGAUAUAUCGCAUAAUAAAAUUGCAACAUUCUUAGAUUACUUUUUUAAGCCCAACCGCCAGCUUAAACAACUGUUCCUAAAUAACAAUAGCCUAGUCGAAAUAACUUCGAAAGCUCUAGUCAACUUGAGGGAGUUGGAGAUCCUCAAUUUAUCCGGCAAUAAAUUAGAUUAUAUACCUAAGUAUAUAUUCGAUAGUUUCGAUGAGCUAAUUGAACUUAAUCUUAGUUACAAUAACUUCCAAAACAUAUCAUACGAUGCUUUUAAAAAUCUUAAGAAAUUAAAAAGCCUGGAUAUGGGCGGGAACCGGCUCAAGCUGUUGCCGCCGGCGCUGUUCCUACACAACGAAAACUUGCAAACGUUCUACCUCGACAACACUCAGGUGACGGUUAUACAGAAUACGAAUUUCAAAGGUCUGAGUAAUCUGCAGAGGCUAUUUAUAAGGAACAAUAACUUUCUACACGAGAUAGAGAGGUUUGUUUUCGAUGAUACGCCGUCGAUUACCCACUUGGAUCUGAGCGGCAACGAUUUGACCUUUCUUCCGUUGAGCCUAGAGAGGUUGGAGAAGUUGCAAUCGCUGCGGAUGGGGGGGAAUCCGUGGGCGUGCGACUGCCGCAUGGCGUGGUUCGCCACAUGGGCUGACAGGAGGAAGGACAUCAUCAAAUCCGACCUGAGCUGCAGACGGGCGUACCCGGACGACAUGUUGAGGACCCUCAACCACACCAACUGCAAACCGCCGCAGCUAAUCAUGAGCAGCCCUCUGACGUUGUACAGACUGCAAACCGACGCUCUCCUCGAGUGCAGAUUCGACGGCAACCCGCCGCCGUCGAUCACCUGGAUAACGCCCACGAGGGACGUCUACCACUGGAACCCCAACAUGCUGAUCCCCGACAUAUUCCACAAGCACGGAGUGGCCCACGACCAGCACUAUCGGCCGAUAGACAACGGGAAGUCGCGAGUGAGGGUGCUCGAAGACGGCACGCUGUUUAUCGGCGACAUACAUAGAGAGGACACCGGCACCUAUCUAUGCUACGCGACGAACCCUUCGGCGAACGUCACCGCUGAAGUCGUCCUGAACAUCGAUCCGAUGACAAUGUUCGACAUCAAGAUGUACAGUUUGCUUUGCGGGGCGAUCUGCGCUGCGGGCUUCCUGGGGCUUACGCUACUCGUACAGGCUAUCCGCUAUAUAUUCCACAGAUUCAGACUACUGGAGACGUGUUGCAGUUGCUGCGCGUGUGUGAACCGCGACAAGCCUAAAAACCGACAGAUAUACAAUAUGUUGGACAAUAUCGAACAGUACAAGCGUCAGCAAUUGGAGAAACUGCGGGAGAACUAUGCGGUCCAAGUCCAUCGCAUCAAAGAGAACUGUACGCAGCAAAUGGAAUGGAUACAGAACAGUUACUCUACGCAAGCGACGCACCUACGCAACAUUAGAGACAUUGGCACCAAUCAUUUAACUGCAAUGAAGGAUCAGUAUUACGAUCAGGUGAAACGUGUGAGGGAGUACUCUACGUCGCAGCUAAACUGGGUCAGGGAGAACUACGUGUUUCAGCGGAACAAAAUACGAAAGUUCAGCGCUCACCAGAUACUGAGGCUGCGCGAAUCUUACAAGUACCAGCAGCAGUCGCUGAACAAGGUGCUCGAGAACCUGCCCAGUCUGUACUUCGAGAACUGCCGCAGCGGCUCGUGCGGCCGGAGCGACUCUAUGGCGUUCGACCCCGACGUGGAGGUCAUCGACAUGUAUCUCAAGACCAAGAUCGAGAAGCUCUCCCAGCUGCCCAACCCGCUGGCGGACGACGAGAGCAAGAUGUCCGUGUACUACACGCCGACGGAGAGGUCGCUGAACUCGAGGCGCAACUCGCCGGUGACCGUUCCCGACGGCAUCCACAUAAACAUGAUCGAGCGCGGCCCCCCAAGGCUGAUGGCGAAGAUACGGCCGCUGCAGCCGCCGCCGCCGCCCACCAUGGAGUGCCCCUCGCCGGCGUCCACGUCCAAGUCGGGCUUGACGACGGAGCCGGCGAGGGGCAAACGCGAGCGCGUCGAGUUCAAGCCGUUCAGCGAGCCGCUGCUGGGGAGGGGGCGCGACAGGUGCCUGAUGCCGGUGAGCGCGAGCUCACCCGAGCUGCGGCGAGACUCGGCGUGCGAGGGGGCGGUGGGGGGCGUGAGGGGCGACGCCGCCCCCAGCGCCGGGGCGGAGAGGGAGGCGCGCGUGCUGCUCGCCGUGGAGCUGGUGCAGCCCGAGUGCCAGCUGAAGCACGCCGCCGGGCAGCUGGUGUGCGGCGAGUGCGCCAAGCUCUGCGAGAGCACGCCCUUG